UUUUUAGUUUUACCUUUGUUAAUUGUUAUACCGUCACGCACAACACUCUUCAGUCCGGCCGCCGUCGCCCCUGUCUCCGUCCCAUCCAGGCUAUUACCGUUAAACUUUAUAAAUAUUUCUUGAAUUAAGCCGUUGGCCUAUGUGUGAGUUGUGAAAUCGAAGAAAUGUGGAAUAGUUAUGGUUGCUAUUUCUUCAAGUUUACUUCACUUUAAAAAUGUUUGUUUGAUUGCUUUUGAAUUGAAUUUGAGAGAGUUGGAGCAUUCGGGGCAGUCCAGACCCGAUGUUAGGGUGUAAAGAUGGGUCGGGUGGGAGUCUUGGCAGAUUUUGGAGGCCGAAGCAAAACUCCGAAGCGCCACCGCCAUGAUGGCUUUAUGCCGAUCCCCAUUUCAGCGUAUAAACACACCUACACCUCUCUUCCAUAACUGCCCCUCAAAGCUCCCCAUAUUUACACAUCCAUCUCCACUUUCUUCUCUCUCAUCAUCAUCCAUGGACACCCCACCCCAAGGUUACAGAAGAAAUGUGGGGAUUUGUCUUAUCAACCCCUCCAAAAAGAUUUUUGCUGCUUCAAGACUCGAUAUUCCAGAUGCUUGGCAAAUGCCUCAGGGUGGAAUUGAUGAAAGUGAGGAUCCUAAAAAUGCUGCCAUUAGGGAAUUGCGAGAAGAAACUGGAGUGACUUCAGCUGAUAUUGUCGCCGAGGCACCAUAUUGGUUGACGUAUGAUUUCCCACCAGAGGUGAGGCGAAAGCUCAUGCAGCAAUGGGGUUCAGACUGGAAAGGUCAAGCACAAAAAUGGUUUCUGUUAAAAUUCAACGGAAAGGACGAGGAGGUCAACCUCUUGGGCGAUGGAACGGAAAAGGCUGAGUUUGGACAAUGGUCGUGGAUGUCCCCGCAGGAGGUAGUCGACCAUGCGGUGGAUUUCAAGAAGCCUGUGUAUGAACAAGUCAUGAAAGCCUUCUCUCCGUAUCUUGAGUAGACUAUCGAGUUCAUGUCAUUUUCCAAAACCCACUCUGUAAGAUGCUACUGCUUCCAGCAAUAACAACAUCAUUGGAGAGAACACAUUAGAUUCUUCUGAAAUUGCAAAAAAAGUUUUGGGUUCUUCAACAUACAUUGCUGUCACUUGUUUUAUGAAAUUCUUCUACAUUCUGUCUUGAUUUGCUCUGUUUUGGAAGAAAAACUUUAUUGAAGAAAA